CCUGGUACGGGGUGCUCUUGACACCUGAUUUGCGCCCUGGGACCUGUCCUACUAGUAUCUCCACCCUUCCAGGCUACUCUCACCCCUCGUGGUUCCUCUUCUUCUCUCCCCUUCCUCCCUCAAAGACCGAAUCGGUGGCUACUCCUCUUUGUACAUCCUCUCACCCUAGGAGAGCUGCUGCUGCUGCUGCUGCUGCGUGUGUGUGUGUGUGUGUGUUUUCUCCGGGGUUUGGAGUCGCUUUCUCGGGUGGAUCCAGGGGUAGCGGAGUUUGUUUGAGAAAGCCAUCUUCGAGAUUCUACAGUUAUGGCGAAUGUUCUAUUGCACGGAACUUUGCACGUGACUAUUUAUGGGUGCAAAGGCAUUGCUUCCCCUGUGCACCACGGAGGAGGAUUUAGCAGCUUCUUCAAAAGCAUUGUGGGUGCUGCCCAAGAUGCAAUCUCGGGAGAUGACGAGUAUUACGCCACAGUGGAUUUAGGAACCACCAGGGUUGGUCGCACGCGCGUCUUGAAGGAAUCAACAAGCGAGCCAGUGUGGAACGAAUCCUUCCGCAUUUACUGCUGCCAUUCUGUGCCCGACCUGACUAUUUCGGUCAAGGAUGGUGCAAUUGUUGGAACAGUUGUCAUUGGCCGGGCCAAAAUACCUGCGGAGUCAUUGCUCUCCGGGGAGCCAGUUGAGGAUUGGUAUCAGCUGUACAAGGGCGAUGAGCAGAUUAAUGAGAGUCAGAUUCGAUUCAGGAUGCAGUUCUACGAGGCGUCCCACGAUCCUCAUUGGGGACUUGGCAUUUCAGAUUCUAGGUACAAAGGUGUACCAUAUUGCUACUACCCACAGAGGAGGGGCUGUAAGGUGACCUUGUACCAGGACGCACACAUGGAAGACGGAUUCCUACCCCCAAUUUACCAAUCAGGGGGCCAGAAGAGGCAGCCCACGCAUUGCUGGGAAGAUGUUUUUGACGCCAUCAUGGGUGCCAGGCAUCUGAUCUACAUUACAGGAUGGUCCGUUUACUGUGAGACUGUACUUGUACGUGAUCCUCGUCGGCCGAAGGAAGGUGCAAUGGGCUUGACGCUUGGGGAGCUCCUGAAGAAGAAAGCUAAGGAGGGAGUGCGUGUCAACAUGCUGGUGUGGGACGAUAAGACUUCUGUUGAGUUUAUGAAGAGGGAUGGUUUGAUGGCUACUCAUGACGAGGACACAGAGGCCUACUUCCAAGAUUCCGAAGUGAACUGUUUUCUUUGCCCUCGGAGUCCCGAUGAUAGUUUGAGUAAGAUUCAGGGACUCACCAUUGGUACAAUGUUUACUCACCAUCAGAAAACUAUCAUUGUGGAUGCCCCGCUCCCGGGAUCAGACACUGGUCGUAGGAGGAUCAUGAGUUUUGUCGGUGGCAUUGACCUUUGUGAUGGUCGUUACGACAACCAAAACCAUUCUUUGUUCAGAACUUUGAAUGAUGUUAAUAUGAAUGACUUCCAUCAACCUAACUACCCGGAAACAUCUGCUGCAAAGGGAGGGCCCCGUGAACCGUGGCACGAUAUCCAUGCUAGAGUUGAAGGUCCAGUUGCUUGGGACGUGCUUUGGAACUUUGAGCAGAGAUGGAGAAUGCAAGCCAAGGAAGAUCGGUUGAUUCCAAUUAAGGAAAUUGAUACUAUUGAUCCCCCGUCGGCUGUUGCUGAACAGGACGAUCCUGAUACUUGGAGUGUGCAAUUGUUCCGAUCCAUCGAUGCAGGUGCGGCAUAUGGCUUCCCUGAGGACCCAGAAACAAUAGCAAGAGCAGGUUUGACAAGUGGUAAGAACAACACCAUUGACCGUAGUAUCCAGGAUGCGUACAUCAACGCCAUUAGACGUGCCAAGGAUUUCAUCUACAUUGAAAACCAGUACUUCUUAGGGAGUUGCUAUGCAUGGAGUGAGGACCAAGAUGCCGGUGCCUUUCACACAAUCCCCAUGGAGCUCACAAGAAAGAUCGUAAGCAAAAUUGAAGAUGGAGAGAGGUUUGCAGUAUACGUGGUGGUACCCAUGUGGCCUGAAGGUAUUCCCGAAAGUGGCUCCGUGCAAGCUAUCCUAGACUGGCAGAAGAAGACAAUGGAGAUGAUGUACACGCAAAUCGCCAAUGCGCUUCGUGCUCAAGGUAUCGACGAUCAAAGUCCAAGGGAUUAUCUUACAUUCUUCUGUCUUGCCAAUAGAGAGACCAAGGUAGAGGGCGAAUAUGAACCUACUGAGAGCCCAGAGGAAGGAAGCAAUUAUGCAGCUGCUCAAGCGGCUCGCCGAUUUAUGAUCUACGUGCAUUCGAAGUUCAUGAUUGUGGAUGAUGAGUACACCAUCAUCGGAUCAGCGAACAUUAACCAGAGGUCGAUGGACGGUUCUCGUGACUCUGAAAUCGCCAUUGGAGCCUACCAACCUUACCAUUUGAGCCGUGAUCGUCCCCCACGCUCUCAUAUCCACGGUUUCCGAAUGUCUUGUUGGUACGAGCACAUUGGUAAGCUGGACAAUGCAUUCUUAAAACCUUGGGAUCUCGAAUGUAUUCGCAAGGUGAAUCGUAUUGCAGACCAACAUUGGGAAAUGUUCGCUGGCGACGAGAUUGUUGACAUGCCCGGCCAUCUCUGUUCUUACCCCAUAGUUGUCAACGACGACGGUACCAUAACCAACAUUCCCGGAUUGGAACACUUUCCCGAUACCCAAGCUCCAAUCCUCGGUACGAAGUCUGGCAAUUUGCCAUCCAUCCUGACCACAUAAGAGGAAGAUGUCAAAAGGCAACCACUCUGGGUGUUUGAACACUGUACUGUGUACAUUUAGUUGUUAAACUCCUGUGUGGAACCUCUUAGACCGCAAUCUGGAGUUGUGGAGGAUACUGGGAAGUCCUAAGCUUUCGAAAGCUUAAAGAUUGUACAGCUUGAGGUUUGGUCUCUUGAUGAAGUACAAGACUGCCUUUUGGUUUAUGAGUGUUGUCAUAAUAAGUUUGACUUGCUAUUGAACUGCAGCAUUUUUAACGCUGUAAUCAGUACUGGUCUUGAGAUUCGUACGGAUGUAUUUGCUCGAAAAACUGCAUCCAUCUUUAAGUCAUAAUUCCCUCCCAAUACGUCA